AUGGAAGUGAUAAACAAGACCCAAGUGAGAGUGUUUGUGUUCUCUGGACUCACCGAUAAUGGACAACUUGCCCCAUUCCUCUUCAUAUUCUUCUUGCAUGUCUACGUUGUGACUGUAUUGGGAAACAUUGGCAUGAUAGCUAUUGUCCAUAUCAGCUCCUGCCUCCACACCCCAAUGUACUUCUUCCUGAGCUACCUCUCCCUGGUGGACCUCUUCUACUCCUCAGUUAUAACUCCUAAAAUGCUCUCUGACCUUAUCUCCGUGAAGAAGAUCAUCUCCUUUGCUGGGUGUGCCCUUCAGUUCUUUUUCUUUGCUGGUCUUGCAUGUACUGAGUGUUUACUUCUUGCAAACAUGGCCUAUGUCCGGUAUGCUGCCAUCUGCCACCCUCUCCAUUAUGUCUCUGUAAUGACCAAGAACAUAUGUAUGUAUCUGGUUGUCCAGGCUUUCUCCAUCGGCUUCAUGCAGUCAUUCUUACAGACCAUCUGUGUAUUCAGCCUCCAAUUCUGUAGCUCAGAUAUUAUAGACCACUUCUACUGUGACGUUCCUCCAUUGCUCCAGCUGUCCUGCUCUGACACCUUCUCCUGUGAGAUGGCAACAGUUUUCUUCAUAGUUUCUUGUGGCAUGGGGUCAUUUGUAAUCAUCCUGAUCUCAUACACGUUCAUCAUUUCUUCCAUUCUACAGAUGAAGUCUGCUGAGGGCAGACAAAAAGCAUUCAGCACCUGCUCCUCACAUCUCACGUGUGCCACCAUCUUCUACAUGUCCGUUUUCUUCACUUACCUGCGCUCUCCCUCCAGUGUUUUUGAGAAACAAGACAAUAUAGCUGCUGUCUUCUACUCAGUAGUGACACCAAUGCUGAACCCACUUAUAUACAGCCUGAGGAACCAACAGGUGAAAAGAGCCAUUGUACAAGGUAUACACAAGUUAAUGACAUAG